UCUCCUGGCCGAACUGCUGGACCACCACCACCACCUCCUCCCGCUAAUCGUACACCGCCGCCUCCAAAAGGUGCUCAUGCUCCGCCAGCUCCUCCCAAACCAGUUGGAGGUGCGAAUCAUGGACCACUACUUCCUAAAGAAGGAAGUUCAAAUGACGGCGAUGCUCAAGCUCCAAAACCAAAACUAAAGCCAUUUUUUUGGGAUAAGGUUAAUGCAAAGCCUGGCCAAACAAUGGUGUGGCAUGAGAUCAGUUCAGGAUCAUUCGUGAUCAAUGAGGAAAUGAUGGAGUCUUUAUUUGGCUGCGCCAACCAGAACAAGAAUGAUCGCAAAAGAGAUUCAUCCUUAGAAAAUACAGUGCAAUAUAUUAAGCUUAUUGAUCCUAGGAAAGCACAGAACUUGUCAAUUCUUUUGCGAGCUCUGAACGUCACAACAGAAGAAGUUGUUGAUGCUCUUGUAGAAGGAAAUGAGAUUCCCAUUGAGCUGAUACAGACGUUGCUGAAGAUGGCACCUACACAAGAUGAGGAACUGAAGCUAAGACUAUUCACGGGACAACUGCAUGAACUAGGCCCAGCAGAGAGGUUUCUCAAAGUGUUGAUUGAGAUUCCAUUCGCUUUCAAACGUCUUGAAUGUCUGUUGUUCAUGCAUAACCUUCAAGAAGAUUUCUCAAGCAUUAAGGACUCCUUUGCCACGUUAGAGGUGGCAAGCAACGAUCUGAGAAAAAGCAGGCUAUUCCUGAAACUCCUUGAAGCAGUUCUGAAAACCGGCAACCGUAUGAAUGACGGAACCUACCGCGGCCGUGCGCAAGCAUUCAGGCUCGACACCCUCCUCAAACUCUCCGACGUCAAGGGAACAGACGGCAAGACCACACUCCUGCACUUCGUCGUCGAGGAGAUCAUCCGCUCCGAGGGAAUCCGAGCCGCGCGCAACGAAAGAGCCAGCCGGAGCAUCUCUAGCGUCAACACCAGCGACGAAUCCGACGAGGGCGAGGAGUCCGAGGAGCACUACCGCAGCGUCGGCCUCCAGGUGGUGUCGAGCCUCGGUGAGGAACUCGAGGCCGUGAAGAAGGCGGCGCUGAUAGACGGCGACGCGCUCACCGCGACGGUAUCGAAGCUGGGGCACUCGUUGAUGAAGACGCAGAAUUUUCUUGACACGGACAUGAAGAACAUCGCGGAAGAGAGCGAGUUCCAGAGCAGCAUGGAGCAGUUCAUGGUAAACGCGAGGAAGGAGGUGAUGUGGAUGGUGGAGGAGGAGAAGAGGAUAAUGGCGCUGGUUAAGAGCACUGCCGAUUACUUUCACGGCAAUGCCGGGAAGGAUGAAGGUUUGCGUUUGUUCCUAAUCGUGCGUGAUUUCUUGAUCAUAUUGGAGAAGGUUUGCAAAGAAGUGAUGGCCACGACCAUGACGCCGGCGAAGGCUCCGACCACUACCACGAAGAAGCCUAAGACUCCUACGGCUUCUUCCCCUAACGCGCGUAAUCAAGAUUCGCCAAAGCCAUCCACUAAUCUCCACAGUAAGCUCUUUCCUGCCAUUGCUGGGAGGAGAAUGGAUUACUCUAGCUCUGAUAGCUCCGAUGAUGAAGACGACUAACUUCCACUUUCAUAUAUUGAUAUGAAUAUGAUCUAAACUCACAUCAAAAUGGCACCAGUUGAAGGAUUUGUUGGUCUUUUCUUUUUAUAUAUAUUGUGGUGUUGUUUUGUAAAUUGAGCGAUAGAAAAGGGGAGGGAUGAUUUAGCUUUGUGGUUUGUGAAUGACUUUGACUACAAAGCCUGUUGUUGUACUGCUUCAUCUCAUGCAAAGUUAAGGAAACAAAGCAUUGUUAAUGGGUUUCUUGUGUGCUGUAAGUUGCCUCUGAUUAUCGUAGCAUUUCAGUGUGGACUCCUGA